AUGAACACCUCGUUGACUUCAUCUGAUUCGGAAUAUGAUAUAAAGAGUUUACCUGAUAUUUCAACCCCAUUCAAUUUCGAAUUGGAAAUCAUAAAGGAAGAAUUGGAAAGAACUAAAAGUAUACUUGCCAGCGCUAAUUUGGAAAUAGAGAAUCUAUUGCUUGAGAAUAGCUCACUUAAAAAAAAGAAUAUGGAAUAUGAAAAGACGAUUUCUCAACUAACAUGUAAUAAUCUUUUUUACGGGUCUCAAAAAUCGGUCAGUUCUGUACAGAAAAGGAAAAAUAGGAGAAGUUCUAUAUUAAGUAUUGAUUCAAGCAAAGAAAAUGAGCAGGACAUGUUGAUUACGACAAAAACAAAAUUGUUAAAUGGGCAAACCGAUUCUCAAUUGAGUUUCCAUAAAUGUCCGCUAGAUGGAACUACAGAAACAACGGAAAGUAAACAGCCGGUAAAACAAUUCAAAGAACAGAAAAUGGAAACUCAAUCAACACAUACUACAUUAGAGCAAAAAAAAAUUUAUAUACUGGGUGAUGAACAAGCGACAGGCCUUGCGACUAAACUACUCAUGGAUCGAGAAAUUAGGGGUGAUAAUAACUACAAAAUUAUGUCAUUUGUAAAACCACAAUCUCUUUGUGCAGAUUCGUUGGACUACUUUAAUCAUAUAAUUAAGAACUUAAACCAUGAUGACAAGAUUGUGAUUGUGACGGGUGCGAAUGAUUCUAACCCAAUCAAAUUAUUAAACGAUUUAAGCUUGAGCAAACUAUUUGGAUUCAUAUCAAGUGCAUUUGAGAACGACGUUUUAGAAAUACACAACGAAUACAGAAGAGCCCACGGAGUUCCAUCGUUAGUUCUUAACAAAUAUAUUUGUAAAAUAAGUCAAAAAUGGGCAGAAGAAUUAGCAAAAAAAGAUGCAAUUUCAUGUAGCCUUAACCAAAACUUUGGGGAAAACGUUUAUUGUGGAUGGUCACCAGAUCCUAAAGUAAAAACUAAAGCUCGUGACUGUGUAGAGAAAUGGUACAGUAAAAUUAAAGAUUAUUCAUUUGGCGGAGAGCCGGAAAUAUUGACAUAUGGACACUACGCACAGAUAGUUUGGAAAAAUACACGUGAGCUUGGAGUGGGAAGUGCCAAAAGUAAAUCAGGAAAAUUGUAUGUUGUGGCUAAUUACUUUCCUCCAUAUAACUACAGUGAAAAUUUUGUGAAAUAUGUUCUACCACCGGGCGCCUUAGAGUUUCAAUCAAGUUUGAGUAGUUCCGAUACGUAUAGUGAAUGGAAUAUUUUAAUAGGGCCACCAUCUCCUAAUCUAAGAAGCAGUAAGAACUUGUCUGAGAUAGCAACAGAACUAGUCACAAAAUUAAGAUCGGUGUCAAAAUCUGUGGAAAAAUUUGAAGAAGAAUUUUUAAGAGCCCACAACGAAUAUCGCAGGCGACACGGCGUUCCACCACUAGAGCUUAACAAAAAACUUUGUAAAUAUGCAGAAGAGUGGGCCAAAAUACUCGCUAAAAAUGGACAAAUGGAACAUAGAGACCAAAACGAAUACGGUGAAAAUAUAUAUUACGCUUGGUCUCCAGAUCCGAACUUUAAGGUUUCCGGCCGAGUUCCUGUAGAUAAGUGGUAUAACGAAAUUAAUUUGCAUGUUUUUGGGAGAGAACCGAACGAUUUACAGUCAGGACACUUUUCUCAGGUUAUAUGGGAGGAUAGCAGAGAACUAGGUGUAGGAGUUGCUAAAUCCAAAAAUGGGCAAGUAUAUGUUGUUGCUAACUAUUUUCCGCCUGGAAACAUAAUGGGUAGAUUUUCUGAAAAAGUAAAACCACCGAUUAACUAA